CUACUCCAGUUCAACUACCUUUCUACUUCCCAUCUGCUCCCAAAUAAAUACCAACGACGUCGCUUUCUUCUUUUUCUCCAACUUCCGACCCAAUUUACAACUACAACGCACUUCCCGGGGUUGCUUCUGCUACACACACUCCACCCCACCCUGCAUUUUUCAUGUGUCUAUAUCUUGCUUAGCUCCCAAUCUAUGUUAACCCAACUUAAUUCAGAGAAUUGUUGCGUGGUGGUUGGGUUUUUUGGGUGAAUUUGGUGGUGAAGGGAGUGUUUUGUGUUUGGUGUUGUUAGGGCUUUGAUGAUUGAGUUUCGGAGGAAGUUUCUGGUGUUUUGAGUGCAAUUCUGUGUUUCUGGGUGUGUUUAAUGGAGGUGGAGAAAGGUCGGCGGGAGAAUCGGAGUAUGACGUUUGACGAAGUGUCAAUGGAGAGAAGUAAGAGCUUUGUUUCUGCAUUACAGGAACUCAAGAACCUCAGACCACAACUUUAUUCUGCGGCAGAGUAUUGCGAGAAGUCAUAUCUUAACAGCGAACAAAAGCAAAUGGUGCUAGACAAUCUUAAGGAUUAUGCUGUACGAGCUCUUGUCAAUGCCAUUGACCACCUUGGUACUGUUGCUUACAAGUUGACCGAUAUUCUGGAGCAACAGACCCUGGAUAUCUCAUCCAUGGACCUCAAAGUUACAUGUCUAAAUCAGCAACUUCUAACAUGUCAAACAUAUACGGAUAAAGAAGGUCUUAGGCAGCAGCAAGUAUUAGCUAUCAUCCCAAAGCAUCACAAACAUUAUCUUUUGCCAAAUAAUGUGAAUAAGAAGGUUCAUUUUAGCCCACAUAUACAAACUGAUCCUAGGCAACCUAUACAAGCGAGAGGUCGACUUUAUCCUUCAGGUGCUUCGGCUGCAAAAACUCUCUCUUGGCAUUUAGCAUCUGAAACGAAGUCGACAUUGAAAGGCUCUUCACGUGGUAUAUUGAGCACUGAAGACUCAAAAUCACAUGGAAAAACUCCUGGUGCAUUCAACUUGUUAGAUCUUGAAGAGAACACCCAGAUGAAAUCCAUACCGGCUUCAAGUGUUGCUAUGCAAACACUGGGUGUCACACGACGGGAUUCUUCGGAUGGCUUGAGACCUUUAACUCCACAUAGGUCAUUCGACAAUCCAACCCUAAGGGAGAUUGUUCGCCCUCCUGUUCGCAGUAAGAGCGUGCUUUCAGCUUUCUUCGUCAAGCAAAAGACACCCAAACUGAAGACAACCGCAUGAAUGCAUGGGCAAACUAUCAUCUUGUUUUACUUCAUCUUGUAUGCUCCAUAAGGUUAGAGGAAAUUGUCCAUAUUCAUCUGCCAUCCCUUUUGACUAUGGGUUUCUUCCUUUGAUCAAAGAUUAUCGUCCAAUCCUUUUUGUCUGUAUCAAUAAACUAGUAGUAAAUGUACAACAGUCAGGUAGAGAAGAUAUUUGAGUAUUUUCUUUGCAGAAUAUCGGUGCCUGAUCCCUAUUCGGUGGCGUGUACAUGUUCAUUUGAUCAGACACAAACUUUUCUUUGGUGUGUGCUCUUAUUCGUUAAUAUGUUGCUGUGAAGAGACAGAAAAGGCUUUUUACUGAUAUCAGAGUGCAAAGGAAAGGAUUAAUCCAUCCAUUCAUCCCUCCUUAAAAA